AUGUUGAACACGCCGCCGGACCUGGUGCCGGAGACGAGCUCGCCCAGCGAUGUGGAAACGGAGAGCGGUGCCGGAUGGGGCAUUGCCAACUGUGAGAAGGAGGACCAGGAGCUUGCUGAGCUCCCCUGCGCGGUGCUGCAGGUGGCCAAGUUGGCCGUGGAGGUGAAAAAGGUGGAGGCCACACGAACGGUUGAACUGGAGCGCCUACGGCAGGAUGCGUGUACCGCGCGAGUCCGGAUCUCUGAAGAGAACAAGACCCAACGCUCAGCCUGCCUGGCGGCGGUGGCCAAGCGUGUGGUCGAGGAGCAUCAGCAGACGGAGCGCGAGAAGAUCGCCGCCCAGUGCAGCACGCGCCGCGAGGAGAUCGCUGCGGAGGUGAGGAAGGCGGAGCUGGAAGCGCAGAAGCCAAAGGACUUCAAGCUCUACCUGCUGCUGCUGAUCGCGGCCUUCAACCGCCAGCGUGUGAAGAAGGUGGGUCUCCCAGUCGUGAAGGUCGCAAUCUUCCUCACCUUGCUCCGCGGGCUUUGGCCCUCGCGCUGCCAGGACCUUUGGCAGGGUAUCCUUCGGCUAUGGCAGCACUGGAACAUGGGCGCACUUGCACCACUGGCAGUGACGGCGAAUGGUCGUUUGGCGUUGCCCCUGGCGCCAUUGCCAGCUUUGGCGGAAGAUGCUACAGGUGCUGAAGGUGCUGACCUCAAUGGCCUCCCGGUCUCCAAGUGCCUCGACCCCUUUGAGGAGCUCGAGGGCCAUGGCCUCUCCGAAUACAGCAAGGCGCUUCGUGAGACGGGCUAUGAUCCCGAGGUCCUUCGGGAGCUUCGAGAAGAGGAGGAGGUGGAGGAGAUGCUUCGGGCGAUCAAGUGCCGGCCAGAGCACAGGGAGCUUCUCAUUCGCCUCCUUCAGCGUAGGAACGGCUUCUUCGGCAGGAAGGAGAGCGGGAAGCGGAAUGGUGAUGAGUUGAGGUGGACAAGUGGACUGGUGAUGAAGAUUGGUGAGGUGAAAAGGUGCUGGCCACUGGCGGCCACCCUGGCGUGGCUCGAAGAACGCGCCAGCACGGAGGAAGGGCAAGAGAUAGGGCGUGCCCGGCGUGCCCGGCGCUGUCAGGCCUUGGUGCUGGUGAAGUCCAUGCUGUCCUCAGCGGAUGGGGAGGAUUUGCUCAAGGCCUGGGUCAUCUUGGUGUUGGCGGCUGUGCACGGACCGCUUGUGCCGGGGACGGUCCGGUCGGCUCGAGCCUUCUGCGGUCGAGCCUUCUGCGGUGGGGCAACGAGCGAUGGAGUGGUGCUGAAGACGGUGGAAACUGCCGGUGGCGCAGGCGACCGGGGAGAAGCUCCGAUGAUCGCUCCCUACACGCGUUCGCUGUCGGAGGCUGCCCGGCGCGGUGCGUGGCAACACGUGGGCGAAGUGCUCUCAGAGCUUCAGGAGCGAGAGUUGGAGCCAAAUGUGAUCCUCUUCAACGCAGCCAUCAACGCCUUCGGAAAGUCGAAGAAAUGGCCGUCAUCUCUAUGGCUACUGGGGCACAUGGCACAGGAGACGUGUGAAGUGAACACCAUCAGCCGGAAUGGCUUUCUCAGCGCCUGCGAAAGAGCUGCAUGUUGGCAGAGGGCAUGUAUGACUUUGGGGAGUUUCGCCCAGCCGAACUUGAUCAGUUUCAACACACUAUUGAGCUCUUGCUGCCGAAGCCAUUGGCAAAAGUCCUUGGAGGUUUGGGGUGCCAUGACGGGGUAUCAGCCGGAUGUUUUCACUUGUAGCGGCCUAGUCCGUGCAUGUGAAACUGGGCAAGGAUGGCAACUGGCUCUCAACCUUUGUAACUGUGAGUGGGCCAUUCCCAACGUGGUGAUCUAUAGUGCAGCAAUCAGUGCAUGUUCGAGCUGUUCUGAGUGGGAACAAGCUCUUCUCUUGUUUACCCAGAUGAAGAAGGCCAUGCGCCCCAAUGUCAUCAGCUAUAGUGCAGUCAUCGAUGCCUGUGAGAAGGGGGGUCAGUGGCAAAGGUCCUUAGCACUACUUGGGGAAAUGAGAGGCUCCAGCAUUCCCCUCGAUCGUGUGGCCUUGGGUGUGGCUAUGAGAGCUUCCGAGAGAGGUUUGCAAUGGCCUUUGGCACUCCAUUUCUUGUCCGAGUCCUGCGAGUCGGGCGGCGGCGGUCCCGCGGUGCGCCACCGCCCGGAUGCGCGGUGCUUCGCGUCGGCGCUCGAGAGCUGCGGACGGAGCGAACGGUGGCAGGAGGUGAUGAUGUUGGUGAAGACCAUGGUGGAGAUGAGAGUUUCGGAUUUCAGCAUUGCCAGGUACGAGCAUUCCUCCCAAGCUGGGAGCACCUUGGACUGUUUCAAGCAUUCGGCCUUCGUGCUGCUCCUGCAACUCAUGACCAUGGAGUCCUCCCGCUUCACCUGCAUUGACACCCAUGGAGGGCCGGCCUUGUACCACCUGGACCCGGUCGCCCUCCAGCGCCGCGGCGAGCCACUGGGGAUCCAACGAGCUGCACCGGAGCUGCGCCGGAGCUGGGACUCCACGCUGCACCACUACGUCCGAGCGGCGACCGCUACGUCCGUUGAGGAGGAGGAGGAGGAGGAGGAUCAUCGAGUUGGUGCUGGUGAGGUGCAAUAUCUGGGCUCUCCUUUGUUGGCGCUGAAGUGGUUGAGGCCACAGGACAAGGCCAUCUUCUUCGAGCUCUCGGAGAGUGCCUGUCAUCAGCUUCGAGAGAAUGUCAAGUCGCAACGGAGUGAACUGGAGGUGGAGAUCCAUCAAAGCAACUCCUAUUGGCACUUGGCGCAACUCCAAGACCUCAAGCUCCGAUCGGAUCGAAGCCUGGUGUUGAUGGAUCCUCCCUACGAGCCCUACGAGACGUACAUGGCGUGGAACCUCUUUUUGCUGCAGGAGUUUGAUCGAAAGUGGCCCAGAACCUCCGUUCUGAUGUGGUUUCCAUAUCUGGAUCAAGCUCAGGUGGAUCGGCUCUACCGAAUGUUGAAGUCCUUGGACCUGGACCCGGUGCUUUGCGCGGAGUUCGGCUUGCAGGAGACAGAGUCCUUGGAAACCUCAGGUUUGAUCUUCCUCCGGCCACCGAGGGAGACUGAGCCUCGAUUGCGAGAGAUGCUGAGGCCGGCUGUAGUUGCAAGUCAUGUCAUCACAGUGCCGCCCAGCCUGGAGCAGGAAGUGAUUCCAAUCACCGGUCCCAUGUCCCACGUCCCGAUUCUUGCGCUCCUCGACCUUGGAGGCUGGACCAUGGCUAGGUCCUGGAGGUCGUGUUCAGCGGAGGAAGGAAGCAAAGCCUCUGAGGCUGAUGAGGCCACCGUGAGGCGCUGCCUGCAGCGCCGCUUUCCACGGAGCCGCUCCGAACUGCCACGGCUCCUGAACUGCCUGGGUUUGGUGCGCGAGGCAGUGGAGGUGGGAGUCCAAGCGGGCGUGCACGCGCAUCACUUCUUAGAGGAAUGGAAUGGCACUCGUCUCAGAUUGGUGGACCUCUGGGGAGAGGCGGGAUCCGAGACCAACCUCUUCUACGUGGAUAUUGCCAAUGUGCACGGCGCCACCGCCCGGAGGCAGCAUCGGCUCCAAUGUGAAGAGCGACUGGAACGGUCAUUGGCGUCAGGCCACGCAGAGGUGCUGAACAUGGAGAGCGUGCAUGCGGCAAGUCAGAUUCCAGACGCGGAUCUUGAUUUUGUCUACUUGGACGCGCGGCACGACUUCGCGGGCGUGGUGGCCGACAUCCAUGCCUGGUGGCCUAAGGUCCGUGAGGGCGGCGUCUUCGCAGGCCACGAUUUCGUGGAUGGCGAGUUCCCCGAGGGCGACUUCUUCUGGAUCUCCGCCCUCCAGGAGGUUUUGCCCAAUCAGCCCGUCCACGUGAUUCGUGAGCAGAACCGCUACCCGUCCUUCUUCAUGCUGAAGAGCCCGAACAUGACGGGCCUGGUGCCCCGGCCCUUGGACACGAUGACCCACACCUUGCGGCUCUACGCCGAAAGGAGCAAGUACUUUGAGUUGUGGGUGGCGACCGGUUCAGGAGAGAAGAACGAGGACUUCUUGCGGUCCUGCCAAGACACCUGCAGCUCAGAUUGUUCCCUGAGAGUCUCCAAUUUCACACCCUCACGCACUGCUGUCUCUACCUUGCGACCCUUCGCCUGUGGCCAGGGGCAGGAGACUUGCGCCUCGGAGGUGACCUUGGACGUGGACGUUUACCGACAAGUCUGCUUGGAGAGAUGUGCAGUCACGUGCGAACAACGAAAGGACUUGUUCCACGCCAAAGGGAAUGAGAUCUUGAAGCAUCGCCGAAAAGAGGACGAAAAAGGCUUUUUGUGGCUGAUCAGGGAUCGUUUUGAUGCCAGUGUGCCGGGGCUGAAGCCACGCGAUGUGGUCCAGGCAGCCCUCAAUGGGAUGGAUCCCCAGGUCGUGAAGCCGGAGGAGACCCAGAAGAUCCUGGACGCCUACGUGUCCGCGACGUGGGGCGAGGAGACCAGCUUCGGGACGCUGGAGGCCUUCGACGGCGUGAUGAUCUCCGUGCCACCACAACAAGCGAGCAUCCAGUCGCCCGGCGGAGCCGGAGCAAAGACCGGGGAGCGCGAGUCCCGGCUGUCCGGUUCGAACUCCCCCCGCAAGACGUCGCCACCUCCCGCAAGGUAUUGUUUAGGUAUCCUCUGGGGCUAUGCCAUACGAGGGAUGGUGAAGCGCUUGGCAUUGGAUCGUCAAUUGGACACAGUUCCGGAGGAGGCGAUGCAUGGCAUGGCCAUCCUCUCCAGCGUCUCGCAGGAGGACGCGUUCGAGGUGAUCUCCAGCUCUGAGGAGGAGUUUGAGAACGAUUUCGAACUGGACCUCGUGCUUCUGGACCAAGGUGAGUGGAAGGUGCCGGUGCCGGUGGGAGCAUUUCAGUACCGUGCUGUGGCCUAUGGCAUUCUACUCGCCGACGCGGAGGCCGUGGAUUCGAUGCACGGCAUGGAGCCAUCCCACCAGGCCUUGGUGGAGAGAGAAGUGCUGCUGGAGCGGAGUCCGCGCUCGUGGGUGCGAACGCUGGUGGAGACCCGGGUCUUGACGGAGUUGCGGCCAGAGCAGAGCCGGAGGGUAGCCACAUCGAUCCAAGCGCCCCUACGACGGGUGGUCGGAGCCUUGAAGGCCUUUCGAAGCUCCUUUCCUCCAGAGCUGCUGCUGCGGGAGCUGCCUCCGCGGGCGCCGCGGCAGAGGCGGGACUACUACUCGCUCUUGGGCAUCCCCCGCUCGGCCACGACGCGGGAGAUCCGUUCGGGGUAUCAAUGGGCCGCCGCAAAAUGGCAUCCUCAGAAGAACCCCUCCACCAAGGUGGAAGCGCAAUCCCGCUUUCGAGACAUUGCCGAGGCCUACGAUGUCCUCAUCGACCCUUUGCGUCGGCAACGGUAUGACGCCUAUGGAGAAGUGGGUCUAAAGCAUCCACCUCUGGGCUCGGACUUCGAUCCAUAUCAGUAUGUCGGCGAUCCCUUUGAGCUCUUCAACAGCUUCUUCUCCUCCGCCGAUCCCCUCAGUGUCGCGUAUGAGCCAGAGCUCGAAAGCUUGCCAGUGAUCCCCGCAUCCGAGAAGGAGCCAGUGAUUGAACUGGAGAUCGAGUGCUCUGUUGAUGAGCUGAAAGACGGCAACACUAGGUGUGUGGUGGUGGAGCGCACUCGGCUUGGGCCCGGCUUUGUGCCGUACAAGGAGAAGAAACCGGUGACGCUCCCCAUCAGACCUGGCUGGCAGGCCGGAAUGAGGAUCAUCUUCCGGGGAGAAGGAGACCAUAGUGACAAAGCCAAGACGCCUGGCGAUUUGGCCGUCCUCAUCAAGCAGAAGGCCUCGCUGUUGACGGAAGACUUGGAAGCGUAUAGCGGCCAGUACGGCACACAUGGGGCGAUCCAACGGCUGCAGUUCAUCGCCUCCCAGACCUCCAAAGCAAACCUGAAGAUUGACGCUCUAAAGCUUUGCUUGGAUCUUCUGAAGAGGACCACGAAUUGCAAAGGGUACACCGAAGCGCACAACUGCCUCAAGGAGUUGUUGGAAGGUAAUGACGCCGCUCUACCCAUCUACGACCAAGUCUGGGUGGAUGCGACGCAGAAGCAGAACGGCAUCCUGAAGGAGCUUUACGAGCAGGACUUGAGUCAGGCGAGAGCCUCGCAGAUGAAGGAGAACAUCCGAGGGUGCUACCAUCAACUCACGAAUCUUUGCUUGGAGCAAGGUGAUUACGCAGCAGCGGAGAAGUACCUGGCCAAGAGCCGUGAGUUUUGCGUUGAACCUCAGGCAGUCUUUGCCACCUGCAUGACUAUCAUCAGACUACGAGCUUUACAGCGACAAUACUCUGACAUUCAGAACUUCACCAGCAAAGCCCACCAUACGCCCUUCAAGGAUGAUUCCAGCCAAUCGAAGAUCUUUGCGGCGUAUGGAUUGUACAACAUGGCAACGGGCAAGUACCGAGAUGCCGCCACCAGCUUCUCCCAGGUGAAACCCCAGGACUUGGGCACGGCCUUCUCCGAUCUCCUGAGCCCUCAAGACGUGGCGCUCUACGGUGUGCUUUGUGCCUUAGGCUCCCUCGACCGCGCCGAGGUGCAGCAGAAGCUCUUGGACUCCCAGACCUUCCGAGAAUGCUUGGACAUGGCACCGCAGAUUCGGGACCUCGCGGUUGACUUCUGCAAUUGCAGGUAUGCAGCCUGCCUCUCUUCUUUGGGGAAGCUCCAGGAGCCUUUGUCCUUGGAUGUUCACCUCCAUGGGCAAGUAGCGAAUUUGUGUGAGCAAAUCAGGAACAAAGGCAUCGUUCAGUACUUCGCGCCCUUCAUGUCAGUCUCGCUCCAUCGCAUGGCGGAAGCCUUCAACACCGACGUGGAGUCAAUUCAACGAGAGGUGGCGAAGCUCAUCGGCCAGCGACAGCUGGAUGCGAAGAUCGACUCCCAUAGGAAGAUCCUUCAUGCCAGUCACGCCGAUCACCGCCGUGCCACGUAUCAGAACGCGCUGCGCGUGAGCGGCGACUUCCUGGACAGCACCCAUGCCUUGAUCCUGAGGAUGAACUUGCUCAAACAUGACUUUGGUGUUCAUUUGGUGAGGCAGAAGAAAUAG